UUGAAUUGAUGGAAAUCAUUACAAAGGAGAGGAACAAACACAUACAAGGGCCAUGGACAUCACCACACCAACCACAGUAAUGGAUCACUAACAGAAAGAGAGACAGAGAGAUUCGAUACAUUGCUAGAAUCCACUUUUCAAACACACACACACACACACACACAUAUAUAUAUGGUUCUCAUUGCAUGCCCAGCAAUAAAUAACUUGUACCAACAACCUCAACACCACCCUUUUAGCCCUCUUCCCUACUCUACUAGAUUAAAGAAUGAGUCCGAUGAUGAUGCAACAUAAAAACACUGGUUACCGCUCGAAUAAUUGACUGAUCUUCAACUCACGGUCUCAUUAGAACAGAAUCCAAGUGAAUGGCAUCUCAUGAGCAGAGUCGAAGGAGCGCAGGGCCCGAAGCCAAGAACAAUACCAUGAUCAAAGGCAACUAAUAUAGGUCCACGUGGCAUCGAAAACGCGGACCGUCCAGCGAAUCCUCUUACCAUGGCUGCGGGUCCAUUUAUAUGAAAAACUAAAACACACCAUUAUAAUCAUCAGUUUGUCAAUCAAAUCUUGUCCUUUAAAAGCCCCCAAUACACUAUAAUCAGUAUCCCACACAUUUAUUGGUGAUGGAGCAUCCACCAUUGCCACCAACAUCAACACCUGGACCAUCCCACAACUUUCCUUACCCUCUCUAUCUAUCUAUCUAUCCCUCCCACCCUUCUUUCUCUCGAAUUCAUACUUCAGCCUUCAGAACUUCUGUUGUCUGCCACUUGCAACUUUUUCUCAUACGUUUUACCUGCCUGCCUUCAUCCGUCAAAAACUUGUAUAUAUUUUCCCUUUUUUCACCUCUUCAUCUCUUUUCGCCUUAAUGACAUAUUAGCUGCAUAAUCUUUCCAAAUAUGUUCACGGUUUUUUUUGAAAAGGCAACUUCCUUUUAAGGGAAAAGAGAGCAUUUACCCCGUGUCAUCUCUCAAUGCCCAUGCACUCAUCUCUUCUAUAUAUAUAUGAACUUGUGGUUUUCUACGCUUACUACACACAGAAGAACUAAGCUAGAAUAGACUCUACCUUUGCCAAGAGGGCUUCCAUCUCAAGAACCCAAAUGCCGUUUUCGUGUUCCAACAACUUCCUACGACGCUUCUGCGUAGAGGAGUUUCGCAUGAGCACGGCAACAGAAAGUGGCUUCUUCUCCAGCGAUCUUAUUCCGUCCCUUGGAGCUCGAAUCAAUCGAGCAACAAAGCUCCGGAAAUACAUAAUUUCCCCAUUCGACCCUCGCUAUAGGGCUUGGGAGAUGUUUCUGAUUCUCCUGGUCAUCUAUUCAGCCUGGAUCUCUCCUUUUGAGUUUGCAUUUCUGCCUUACAAGCAAGAUGCUUUGUUCAUCAUUGACAACAUUGUCAACUGCUUCUUUGCUGUUGAUAUUGUUCUGACCUUCUUUGUAGCAUACCUUGACAGCCAGUCAUAUCUUCUGAUCGACGACCCCAGAAAAAUUGCUAUAAGGUAUCUAUCAACCUGGUUCCUUUUUGAUGUGUGCUCAACAGUACCAUUUCAAGCUCUCUGCAUCCUCUUCACAGAUCACAACGGUGAACUGGGUUUUAAAUUGCUAAGCAUGCUACGACUAUGGCGGCUCAGACGAGUCAGCGCCCUGUUUGCGAGGCUUGAAAAGGAUAUCCGGUUUAACUAUUUCUGGACUCGCUGCACAAAACUCGUAUCCGUGACUCUGUUCGCUGUGCAUUGUGCCGGGUGCUUCAACUAUAUGAUUGCCGACAGAUAUCCUGAUCCAGAAAGAACCUGGAUUGGUGCUGUCUAUCCUAAUUUCAAACAGCUGAGCCUGUGGGACAGAUAUGUGACUGCAAUUUAUUGGUCUAUUGUAACUCUAACUACCACUGGUUAUGGGGACUUGCACGCCGAAAACCCAAGAGAGAUGCUCUUUGGUAUUUUUUACAUGCUAUUCAACCUGGGAUUGACAUCUUAUCUCAUAGGAAACAUGACCAACCUUGUAGUCCAUUGGACCAGCCGCACCAGAAACUUUAGAGAUACUGUUCGUUCUGCAUCAGAGUUCGUGAAAAGGAACCAGUUGCCCCCAAGAAUCCAAGACCAACUUCUGUCUCAUAUAUGUCUCAAAUUCAAGACAGAAGGAUUAAAACAGCAAGAAACCCUCAACGGCCUGCCCAAAGCCAUUCGUUGCACCAUUGCACAUUAUCUCUUCUACCCUGUUGUUCAGAAUGUCAAUCUCUUCCAUGGGGUUUCUCAGGACUUCCUUUUCCAACUGGUACCAGAACUGGAAGCUGAGUACUACCCUCCCAGAGAAGACGUGAUUCUACAGAAUGAGGCUCCAACUGACGCAUAUAUACUAGUCUCAGGAGCAGUGGAUUUUGUUGCGAAGAUCAGUGGGCGUGAUCAAAUAGUGGGAAAGGCUUCUGCAGGAGAGAUUUUUGGGGAAAUUGGGGUUUUAUGUGGUGGGCCUCAACCAUUUGGUGUUCGUACCACUGAAAUUUCUCAAAUACUACGGCUGAACAAGACCACGUUUCUCAACAUUCUUCACGGAAACCCAGAAGAUGAGCGCUGUGUUAUGAACAACCUUUUCCUGAAACUGAAAGCAUACAGAGGUUUCGACAUUGAGGGCCAACAGGAUCCAAGUCUUAUCCUGAAAAAUUGGUUCGAUGGAGAACCUAAAGGAGACUGCAGUACAGUUACUGGAGAUCAAGGGGCAAAUCCACAGAAACAGGAAGCAAGUGCACAUACGACCAAUUCACGAUUUACGACGACAAAGCAAUCAAGAAGUCGUGAUACCAAAGAAAGUGAAAUUGAUGAGAAUUCAUCUGCUGAGGAUGGCCAAACAGCUCUUCACGUUGCUGUUCAACAGGGGCAUCUUGAAAUGGUCAAACUUUUGCUGGAAAGAGGAGCAAAUGUGAACAAACCAGACGAGAGAGGUUGGACGCCAAAAGCAUUAGCAGAAAAACAUCCAAACAAAGGCAUAUAUGAUCUCAUACUUAACUAUGAUAACGAAAAGAAACUAGAUGGGCCCACCAAUUACGCGACAAAUCAUCACAGGGAACAUAAUUAUGUCAGCGCAUGCAGUUCUGCUUAUCCAACUGGCGUAGAACAUAUAAAGUCAGCGAAGAAGAGAGUCACCAUUCACAUGAAGUCUCACCAGAAUAAACAUUCAGGAAAGCAGCUCGCCAGGCUAAUAAUUUUACCUGAUUCCUUAGAAGAGCUGCUCAAAAUAGCAGGUCAAAAAUUUGGGGAUGACAGUCUUACAAGUGUAGUAAAUGCAGACAAUGCAGAAAUAGACGACUUAAGUGUAAUACGAGAUGGUGAUCAUCUCUUUCUGUUGUCAAGCCAAUGCGAAGGUGGAGUAUGAAGUAACCUAACAAAUGUCAAAGACUGUAACAACAUGUGCAGGACCAAGCAAUUCCCUACAAUAGCAUACUGAUAUUCUAACAGCCACACCAGGCAUGAAAUUUCAUGUGUUCUUUCAAGGUAACAAAAAAUAAUAGGAAAUUUGUUUCAUACAUGGCUGUCAUGUGUAAAUUUUGCACCUAAUUGUAUUGUUCGGCAGUCAACUCUAGUAAAAAAAAAGAAAAAAGGAAAAAAAAAAAAAAAGAUUUAGCAGGA